UGUUUGUAAACAGUGACGUUCAGUGCUGAGUCAAAGAAUCUGUCAUCAGAGAAAAGAAGGGAAAAUAGGAGUAAAUAUUUAAAUAAUGAGAGGAAGAAACUCAAAAGAAGAUGAAGACUCGGGAUCGGACUGGGACAGCAUGUCAGAAAUGGAACCAGCUCCAAAGGUAGAGAAAAAGCUGGCAUCAAAUCAAGGUCAGCAAAUGCCGGCUCCACUUAAGCUUAAGUCAAUGACCUUUGUUGAUCCAGAUGUUAGAAGAGGUCAGAGUGGAGAAAAUCCUCCUUAUGAUUUUAAGCCUGAAGUCAAAACACCCACCCGAAUAGCAGAGGAAAAGCAAGUCAAACCAGGAAGGCAGAAGAAAGGAAAAACAUAUGAUCCCCAGGGCAGCCAACAGAAGCAUGUUACCUUCAGUGAGACUGAGAAGGAGUAUGAUACAGCCACAAUCAAUGGCAAUGCAGGAGGACAGGAGAGUGAUUCAGAGGACCCACUCUAUUCAACAGUGAAGCCAAAAAGCAAGCAGUCUAACCCCUCUGCCUCCACCCAGCAGAGGAGGGGUGACAGUGAUGAAGAUGUCAAAGGGGGGAGAGGAGCCAAGACACAGAAAAAGGGAGCAAAGAAGGUGCUUCAAGGCUUGCGGAAUCCUAAAGCACAAGGAGUGGAUAAUAAGGCCUUUGUUGGGGAUGAUGAACAAGACUCUGUAGACAUGCCACCAGGAUCUCAAGCUCCCUUAGGGCCCAUCUUAAAGAAACCUGCAAAAACCAAUACCCCAACACAGGAUCCAAAUAUCGGCAAAAGCCUCAGUACUGUGCCACUGAGACAGAGUCAUAUGAUAGACCAGAGUGGGGCUGGUGGCAGUUAUGAAUCUCAGCGUUUCAUGUCAAGCUUCGGCUACAGUUCAUUACCUGUGAAAGAAUGUCCACCACCCCUUGUCUUGUCUGUAGGUGAAACUAUCUUGGAAUCAGCUGGAAAAAAGCCGGUGGAAAUCACCAACCGAGCUUUAGGAGAAAUAUUUGCUUUUAUAACUUUUCCAUUCACUUGCUUUGCAUUAUUCUUUCAUCAUUUGCUUAGAUUCAUUCUUCUGGGACUAAUAAGGCCACUGUUUGUUGACACGCUGAUUCUCAUAGUGGAGUACCUCCUGAAUCCCUUUGUGAAUGGUGUGGUGAGACCUGUCCUGCUGAGUCUGUACGGGGCGUCAGCAAGCAUCAGUGAAACGCUUGUGGUGUGUGUGCGGCCAAUUACAACUGUACUACAGUCCUUCAGGCUUGUGGAAGUUAAUUACACUAGGAAGUAUUCAGUAGAAGAAAUUUAGGCAUGUUAAGAAUGUGAAUGGGAUGAUUUAAGUCCACCCUCUUUUAAGAAUAUAUACUGGUGAAGGAAUUGUAUGAUAUUGGAUAUGCCUAGGUAUUCACUUUGCCAGGAAAUCCACAUCCCAUUUGUUGUAUUACAAUAUGAUGUGAUACAGUAUUUUCUCUAUUUAUUUUUGAUAAGAAUGAGGUGUUAUAUGCCUACAGGCAUGUAGUAUAGUGAAAUGCAAACUAGAAAUUUGAAGUAUUUUUUAUCAUUCAAGAAGAUCAUUGUUGACUUGUUUAACCAACUGAUCCCCAGGGUUGACCACCUUCCUGUGAGCAACAGUAAAUCUGACAUACCUUAGAACCUUCAAAUAUUAAAGAUGUGAACAUUUUAUGAGAGAGAAUCUCCUCUAGUCUGGUAAAAGAUUUGCCAAAGAGAACACUAGUCAUUUACAAAAGGAAUUAUUGCUUAAUGACAGCAUUUUCCUUAAUUCCAGAAGGUGCCUGAAUAGUGCCUAAUAAAGUAGUCUGAUAUAUUUUUAUUUUAACACAGUUUUAUAUUUCUUAUGAAAUAGAUCUUUGACUUGCAGCAUUAGAUGUUGUACUUACCACGUUUGUAUAUAUAUUUAUUUUGUGAGUGUUGGGACCAUUUGACUAUGGUAUAUAGUACUUUUUGUAUAUAUUGCAUAUUGGGAUAUUUUUUUCUUUAGUAGAUGCACUAUAGGAUAUUACAAGGGCCCAUAGGUCGUAAAAGAAAUCAAACUGAUCAAAACUGUAAUUAUGUAAUAGUGCAGUAGCAGUAACCCUUAUAAAUUGCACAAACAUGUGUAUAUAGUUAUACAUAUAUUUUUGUACUUUGGGGCAGGAUAGUGAAAAGCUAUUUUACUUGAUCAAGAAAGAAAUCCUGCACAAGGAAAAAAAUACACUUACACAUUUGCAGAAAGCAGAGAAGCAGAAAGCAGAAGUAGUUUUCAAUUUCAUGUCAGUAGACAUAUGGAUAUCAUUUGAUAGACAUGUUGGUAACAUUGGUUACUUAUUGGCUCUGGAUAGGUACUCUGUCCACGGUAGUAUUAUUUUUUCAAUGGUGUUUACACAUACCUGGCUUCACAUACACUAGUCACUAAGGUGUCAUGUAGUAGGCCUACAUGAUCUCACCUGUUUGCAUUAUUCCUUGAAAAAAGGAUUUGUUUCUAAUAAUGUCAUUAUUAUUACUAACAUUAUUAAUAGUGACAGUAUCCAUUGUAUUUUUUUUUUUUUUUUUUUUUUUUUUAUUCAGAUAUAACUAUAAAUAAAACAGGUACAUAUUAAACAUGUGAUUCUCUUGAUCAGUUAUAUGAAAGAAAGAACUAGUCAUAUGAAGCUGUUGUGUUAGAAGAAAUAAACAGCUCUGUCUUUUCUUCACAGUAUUUUAAGUUUAUUAUUAGAGGGUGUAACUUUCCUCUAUCAUUAGAUAAUGAAUUAUAUUUUAUACUAUGCUGUAUGUUCCAUGGUAGAAAGCUUGUCACUUCUAAAUACAUUAUCUUAUCCGUGAUUAACCCACUGUGCUCAGUGCAUGCAAUGUUUACUAUAGUUUUGUUUAUUCCCUCUCUUCUUCUUUUUCUUCUUCUUCUUCUUCUUCUUCUUCUUCUUCUUCUCCUCCUCCUCCUCCUCCUCCUCCUCCUCCUCCUCCUCCUCCUCCU